GAACGAGGAAUGUGCACAUGAUAAAAAAAAUUCAAAAUUGUACUAAUACACGGGUCAUAUAGCCGUGAAUGACAACGGCGCGCCGUUAAAAUGAUGUUUUCCAAACAUAAGGCGAUUAUUUCAUCGUUGUUUGUAACUAUUUCUUUGGUUAAACUUAUAAAUUGUGCAGACCCUGACCCUGCAGCCCCUACAGACCUUGCAGACGCUGCAGUCAAACCAAAUGAGUCAGAUGCUGCAAGCAAUUCCGGCACAAACAAUCCCAAACCAGCACCACCUACACCGGCAGUAAACAUUGUUACUAAACCAACUACAACCCAACAAUCAUCAACGACAUCGAAGAAGGGUUUCAGCCAUAACUUCUUCUGUAAUAUGAUAUGUACGCCUUUUAAUGCCUGCAGGACGUUCUUGGGAGACACAAUAAGAUCAUUUUGGCAAUCACUUCUAAAAGUCAGGGAAAGCAUUAUUUCCAUAUAUAGACCACCGGUCACCCCUAUCAAGAACGUUGGUAGCUGAUUUAUUUGAAAUUGUUUGUGUUAUCGUGUGAUUUGUUACUUACCAUUAAAACAUCUAUAAUAACAGA